AUGGAGGGUUUGUCAUUUGCUAUCCAGAGGAGUGUCCUACCUAUCAUGAUCGAGAUGGAUUCCAUUGUUGCAAUGAAGCUGAUACAGGCUAAGGAGGUGGACGGAUCUAUUUACACGUCGCUCAUUAAGGAGAUCCGUUACCUUAUGUCUCUUCGUAAUUCUUGUAUUACUCAUAUCAAUCGUAGUCAAAAUAAGGUUAGUGAUAGUCUAGCUAAGUUUGCUCGUCUAGAAGGCAGGACCAUGACUUGGAUAGAUUCAGGGCCUUCAGAAGCAUUGGAGUUUGCAGUGAUUGAAUGUAUGGACCUUGUGAUUGAGUAA